AUGCAAAACGGCACAACUAUUGGUAUUUUGUCCGAAAAUGAACGAUUGAUCCCAAAAGACGAACCCGUUUCAUCCGAUCUGUUUUCCAACGAUCAUCCUAUUGAUUCCAGCGCUCCUAACCCGACUCCGGCCGAAAUCAAGGAAGAGGUCGCUACUGAUCACUAUGAAGGACCACCAUCCAAGAAACGAAAAGUCGGGAGCGCGACGCCAUCCCGUCGCUCAAAUUCCAGGGCGGCUUCCCCUCCUUGGAAGAAAGCCGGCGUUGAUGGUCCGACGUCGAAGAUUGUGGAUGGCAAACGUCGAUCUACGAGAGUCAGCAACGUCGGCCCUGUCGAGCAACUUUCAUCGGAUGUGAAACCCGCGCGAACAGUUCAGAAGCAGUAUGCGAGCAAAGGUGCUUCUAAUCGAAAUGACGCGACUCCUCUACCGAUGACUCCGUCUGUUUCAGGAAUAAACAGGAAGUCUCUUGCCGGCACUGCUGGAGUGAAUGGCUCACCCAAUACCGCGUUCAAGUCUCAUAACAAGCGGCGGGAUUCGUCCUCGCCCGUGUUUAAACGUACAUCUACGCGCACAAGGUCCGACAGUUCCGGUACUCCCAACUAUUACCACCGCGCUGUCAACGGGGUCGCCCCCUACUUGUACCCGAAUAAGACUAGGUCAACUAGAUCCUCCUUGCACGCUUCGUCGGCGAUUGAAGAAGCCAUGGAGUUUGGGCAAGAUGAGCACGAUGAAAAUGGUCAACGAAUACCUCGGAUACGGAUAAAGGUCAAGAAACCGGUGCUCGACAUCCAGCAUCCGUCCCACGUUCUACCCAAUCGAAAAUACGGCUCAUUCAAGGAGUGGCUGGAGAACGAAGGCUCUGGUCAGGAGGGGAUGUUCAUCAUUACAAACGCAUUGGGGGAGGCACAAAAAAGACAGCAAGUAACGGAUGCUAUGGAGCCUGGUGGUCUUUUAAGCUCCGAAGUUUGUUCCGCCUUCUUGCCGGAACCACAAGAAGAACCCCCUCAGCAAUACUCGCAUCAAGAUCAUCUCGUGGCACAUGCUUUGUUUUUCAAAAAGCUUCUCGACAAGGAACACCGCGCUCAUCGUAAGGUGGCCAAAGAACUCGCCGUGGCCUGUGUGGAAGCAUGGAAGAAGCGCAAUAAAGACCCGGAAGAUAUACUCAGAGAGCAACAAGAGGAAAUGCGCGGGAAACGCAAGCAGCUGGCCAAGGAUCUCAAGAAGAUGUUUGACCUUGCCCGGGCAGAAAUUGACCGGAUACGUCUUGCACGUUGGGAGGAGGAGCAGAAAGCUAAAGAUCAAAGGGCGUUGGAUCGGGCAAUCAAGCAGUCGACCAUGCUUUUUGAAAAGCGGCGUUUGGAGAUAUUGGGAGAAACGGGAAGCGAUGCGCCGGAGACUACAACAGAUGAAGAGGAAGAAGAAGAAGAAGCUGAAACCGACGAUGAACCUGACGAGGACGACGAGGACGACGAGGACAUGUCAACGGACACCGAAGAGGACGGAGAGGAGGACGAUGACGUGGGCCUUACUGCAGAAGAAUUGCGAUUGAAAUAUGCAAAUCUACCAGAUACCAACUUGGCGCAACCCGAUGUGGUCUCUGAAGACAGUGAUCGCUCAGAUGUUGACGACACUCCUGGCGGUAUCUACGACCGCGCUCAAACUGAGGCCAUCGAACUUGACGAAAUCGACCCUAUGCUCAUGGACGACAGUGAAGAGUCCACCGAUAUGGACGAUGACAUGGGCGACAGCGAUGGCGAUGAAACUAGUGGGCCUGAGUCGGAUGAAGAGGAUGAUGGUAGGCCUGGAUUAUUAGGAUUUUUCUCCGCUGGGGACUUGUCUGCCGACGACCUGCAUCAAGCUGCCUCUGAGAGUCAGCUAACUAGCGCUGAUGCGGACGGCGACGAAAAGUUCUCAUCUGAUCAGUCCGAAUACGAGUCUGAAGACCCAGACGAAGUUACGCUUGUCCCCACUGGGCCGUCAAAGAAAGGCUCGAGUACGCCAGCCACUGAUACAGUAUCUCCGGCCCUAGAAUUCUCGACGACUACCCCCACGGUGAACGAUGCAUCUCACACCGAGAAACCCAUCAACCUGAAAGCUGAGGCUACUGUGGAUAUUCCCGCUGACGACCCUGCUCCCUCCCACGACGUACACAUAAAUGAAGUCGAUGUGAUGGAUACCUCUGAUGAUAGUAACCUCAUUGAACAGCCACAACUUGAGUCAUAUCACAGUAGAGCUGCGUCCAGCGAAGCGUCUCCCGGAACGGUAGCCACCAAACCCUCUGAACUCGAAUCGGUCUCUUCCCUCGAUGCACCGGCGGAGAAUAAUGCACCGACAGAGAACACUGUAGUGACGAAAAUACCACACCUUUUGCGGGGAACGUUACGAGAGUACCAGCAUUUUGGCUUGGACUGGUUAGCGGGUCUUUACACAAAUCAUAUCAACGGUAUCCUUGCAGAUGAAAUGGGUCUGGGCAAGACUAUUCAGACGAUUGCCCUGCUUGCACACUUGGCAGUGGAGCACGAAGUCUGGGGCCCCCAUCUUGUGGUGGUCCCCACGAGUGUCAUUCUCAACUGGGAGAUGGAAUUCAAGAAAUGGUGUCCUGGUUUCAAGAUCAUGACCUACUAUGGGACCCAGGAAGAACGUCGGCAGAAACGCAGAGGUUGGAUGGAUGACAAUAGUUGGAACGUGUUGAUCACAUCGUACCAAUUGGUGCUGCAAGACCAGCAGGUUCUAAAGCGAAGAAGUUGGCAUUACAUGAUUCUUGAUGAGGCCCACAACAUCAAGAACUUUCGUUCCCAGCGUUGGCAAGCUUUGCUCACGUUUCGGACACGUGCUCGACUCUUGCUGACCGGGACGCCACUUCAAAAUAACCUUACUGAGCUGUGGUCUCUCCUCUUUUUCCUAAUGCCGACCGAUGGUAAUGAGGCUGGUAUUGAGGGCUUCGCUGACUUGAGAAACUUUUCUGAAUGGUUCCGGCGUCCGGUAGAGCAAAUUUUGGAGCAUGGCAGGGAAACGAUGGAUGACGAGGCCAAACAAGUGGUGACGAAGUUGCAUACAGUCCUGCGACCGUAUAUAUUGCGGCGUUUGAAAGCUGAUGUUGAGAAGCAAAUGCCUGGGAAAUACGAGCAUGUCGUAAACUGCAGAUUGUCAAAGCGACAAAGAUAUCUGUACGAUGGCUUCAUGUCCAGGGCGCAGACCAAAGAAACGCUUGCAUCCGGCAACUAUUUGUCGAUUAUAAACUGUUUAAUGCAGCUACGCAAAGUUUGUAAUCACCCAGAUCUUUUCGAGACACGACCUAUUUCAACUUCAUUCGCCAUGCCACAUUCCGUCGCCACGGAGUUUGAGACCAAAGAACUCCUUGUUCGGCGGCGUCUGCUCUACGAACACCCCUUGGAGAAGCUCGAUUUCGAUUUCCUCAACUUGGUGCCCAUUUCAAGGGAAGACAUCUCGCGAAGACUUGCGGACGAUAGCGCCAGGAUUAUGGCCUAUGCUCCGUUCAAUACGCUCCGCGAACGUCAAUACCACCGGACGAACUGGCAGAUGAAGUUCAAUGGCUCAACAAUACAGUCCACAUUGGAAACUCUGGAGAACGACUGCAGGAAGAGGAGAAUGGCCGAAUUAGAAAGGUUCCUGUAUUUCGAGUCAAAGCGCCACGGCCGUCGCCCAGUGUAUGGAAGCAGCCUUAUCAACCUUAUAGCCAGCAUCACCCACAGCAACGGGCCUGGUACCUCAACAGAUCGGCUCAGUCAAUCUUCUGUACUUGCCUCGAUGAUCAUGUCGCUGGAGGAACGAUCUCAAGCCAUGGACGGGUACGUUCAGAGGUUUGCCUGCGUUACACCGGCCGCGAUUGCUGCGGGGGUUACUGAAGCGGCUCUAACGCCCAUCUCCACGCGACACCUCACGAACAAGAUUCUCUCUAAUCCGUUCCACGAGGCCCAGAUGCGCCUCUCCAUCGCUUUCCCAGACAAAAGGCUUUUGCAGUACGACUGUGGAAAACUUCAGAGACUGGACAAACUGCUGCGUGAUUUGAAAGCAGGCGGCCACCGAGCAUUGAUUUUCACUCAGAUGACCAAAAUGCUAGACGUGCUGGAGCAGUUUCUCAACAUCCACGGACAUCGCUAUCUUCGUCUAGACGGUACGACCAAGGUCGAACAGCGACAGAUUCUCACAGAUCGGUUCAACAACGACAACCGUAUUCUAGCAUUCAUCCUAUCCAGUCGCUCUGGUGGUCUAGGUAUCAACUUGACAGGCGCCGACACCGUGAUCUUUUACGACUUAGACUGGAACCCAGCAAUGGACAAGCAGUGUCAGGACCGUUGCCAUCGUAUUGGGCAGACCCGUGAUGUGCAUAUCUACCGCUUCGUCUCAGAAUACACAAUCGAAUCCAAUAUCCUCCGCAAGGCAAACCAAAAACGCAUGCUAGACGAUGUUGUCAUCCAAGAGGGCGAGUUCACAACGGAUUACUUCACGAAGCUCGACGUGCAAGACAUGAUCGGCGCCGAUGACGAGGCGUUGUCAGGGCAAGAUGAAGCUAGCGCUGCCAUGGACCGCGUUCUCGAGAACCGAGUCACCAACACGUCGCGCGUUUUUGAACAGGCAGAGGACAAAGAAGAUAUCGACGCCGCUAAGAACGCCCAGAAGGAACUGGAACACGCAGACGACGGUGACUUUGAUGACCGCGCCAACGCCAACGCCGCCACCGCUGCCUCGGCUUCUGCCUCCGGCGCCGGUGAGACUCCGACUCAACCAGGCACACCCCUGCCCGAUGAGGCGCAGCAACCAUUAAACGCAAACAACGCUGAGGCUGGCGAGGAUGCGGCGGAAGUUGACCCGUCCCUUGGCCACAUUGACGACUACCUGUUGAGAUUUAUGGAAUGGAAUAUGAAGGACGAACCGCUCGUGCUUCCUGUAGACAAGAGCACGAAGAAGUCCAAGAAGGGAAAGGAGCACCGUCUUCGCAAGAGACGACGUUGA